UGUCAAAAGUUGCAGAAACCGGUUAUAUGUAAUCGUUAAGGAAACGUCUUAUUGAUGCACUCUGAGCGUUUUUCUUCUAGUCGUUCGUCUCAAAACGACUUCUUCUGUCACGAAUAAAUGAAUGUCGUUUCUUAUGGAAAUAAAGAAACGUCGUUAAAAAGGUUAACUGGUUGAGAAAGCCCAAAACCCUAAACCCAAGAUAUUGGGCCUUCGAAAACCCAAAUUAAAUUUUGGCUCCAAGUGCUAAAACGGCCACCGCCGCAGCAGGCUCCGCCGCCGUCGUCUGCCUUGAUCCUUCUCACUCACUCUUUCACGUUCAUGAACUAACUUCCUCUUCUCCUCUCCACUCCAUGAAGCUCAGAACACUCUCGCACUAUACCUAAAAAAAGAUUAAGACUACAAAUAUUACUUCCUGCCAUGUCCCUCUCUUCCGUUCCGGCGCGUCUAACUCUACUCGCUCUCCUCUCUGCCACCACUUUCUACUGCUUCUACAAAUCUCGCCGCCUCAAAAGCCUCAGAUUCUCCUUAAACCCUAACCCUAAAACUUCAUCUUCAUCCACUGGCAAAGCCAAGCUCCUCUUUAUCUCCCAAACAGGUACCUCCAAAGCCCUUGCCCGUCGUUUACUCGAUCUUCUAGCUUCUAACAAUUUCGAGUUUGACCUCGUCGACGCCAAGGACUACGAACCCGAGGACCUCCCUAAGGAAACCCUAAUUUUGAUCAUCGCUUCGACAUGGGAUGAUGGGAAAGCGCCUCCCGACGCAAGGUUUUUCACCAAUUGGGUAGCGGAGAGUGCCGAAGAUUUUAGGGUGGGGUCGUUGUUGCUUUCGCAAUGCGAGUUUGCAGUGUUCGGAGUCGGGAGUCGAGCCUAUGGCUCUACGUUCAAUGCAGUGGCGAAGGACUUGUCAAGGCGGAUGAGAGGAUUGGGCGGCGCCGAGAUAUUGCCGGUUUGGGAAGGAGAUGUGGAUGAGGGCGAUGUCGAUGAAGUUUUCGACACUUGGAGCGGGAGGCUGGUCAAGAUUUUGAAGGGUGAGGUGCUUGUGGGUGGUGUGGUUGCUAAUGGUGUUAGUGAUGAGAGCGAUGCAGAAAGUGAGGAAGAGUCGGAUGAUGAGUACAGCGCGGAGCCGGACAUUGUUGAUCUUGAGGAUAUUGCGGGGAAAGGACCUUCCAGGAGAUCAGCAGCAGUAGCCCAAACUAAUGGGAUUUCAAAUGGGAAGAAAGAUAUGGUUACUCCUGUAAUCAGGGCGAGUCUGGAGAAACAGGGAUACAAAAUUAUUGGUUCACAUAGUGGUGUCAAAAUCUGUAGAUGGACAAAGUCACAACUUAGAGGCCGAGGAGGUUGCUACAAGCAUUCAUUUUAUGGUAUAGAAAGUCAUAGGUGCAUGGAAGCGACGCCUAGCUUAGCUUGUGCAAAUAAAUGUGUGUUUUGCUGGAGACAUCACACAAACCCUGUUGGAAAGAGUUGGCAGUGGAAGAUGGAUGAUCCCCUACAAAUUGUGAACUCUGCUAUUGACCAGCAUUCAAAGAUGAUUAAGCAAAUGAAAGGAGUUCCUGGUGUUACAAUAGAACGGCUAACAGAAGGUCUAUCUCCUAGGCAUUGUGCCUUAUCACUUGUUGGGGAACCUAUAAUGUAUCCUGAAAUUAAUACACUUGUUGAUGAGCUGCACCGGCGGCGGAUUUCAACUUUCUUAGUAACAAAUGCUCAGUUCCCUGAAAAGAUUAAAACGUUGAAGCCUAUUACCCAGUUAUAUGUAAGUGUUGAUGCUGCCACAAAGGAUAGUUUGAAGGCAAUUGAUAGACCCCUUUUUGGGGAUUUUUGGGAGAGAUUUAUUGGUUCUUUGAAAGCUUUGAGAGACAAACAUCAGCGAACAGUUUACCGCUUGACUCUUGUGAAAGGGUGGAAUACAGAGGAUAUAGAUGCAUAUUUUAACCUCUUUAGCAUUGGUAAACCGGAUUUUAUCGAAAUCAAAGGCGUCACAUAUUGUGGAACAUCUGCUACGUCAAAGUUGACGAUGGAGAAUGUGCCUUGGCAUGCUGAUGUUAAAGCUUUUUCAGAGGCCUUGGCAUUGAAAAGUGAAGGGGAUUAUGAGGUUGCAUGUGAGCAUGUCCACUCAUGUUGUGUCCUCCUUGCAAAAACCGACAAGUUUAAGAUUGAUGGCCAAUGGUUCACGUGGAUAGACUAUGAAAAGUUCCAUGAUCUGGUGGCAUCUGGAAGACCUUUUGACAGUAAGGAUUACAUGGCUGUCACACCAUCUUGGGCUGUCUAUGGAGCAGAGGAAGGUGGGUUUGAUCCGAUUCAGUUGAGGUACAAGAAGGAGCGACAUCACAAGAAAUCAAGCCAAUCCACUGCCUGACCAGGUUAGAGAUUUUUGGCACUAAGCUGUGAGAAUUUCUUCUCUUUUUUGUGAUUUAUAAAGUAGUUGUUGGUAACUCUGUGCAAGAAUCAUCUAGAUCCUGAUCGAUUGGGUAACGUCAUGCAUUUUUAUUUAUUUAUUGAUUGUUAUUCAGUUUGUCUGCUUCAAUAAGUAGGUCGAUUGCCUCUAAAAACUCAUUUUUGUUGGUUAACAUUAGCUAAAAUUAAAAGCAGCUUCUGAGGUUCU